AUGAAACGAGCUGUAAGUAACAACUCGGCGGCUGCUAGCGCUGUGAAAAGUGGGUCGAGACCUCUGCACGUGGAGAGGGCGCUGCGCGAAAGAAAAAUCGAUGAGGUUGAGAGAAGAGAGAGGAGUGGCAAGUUUGGGAUUUAUGGAGGGAAGUUUGUGCCUGAGACGUUGAUUAGUUGCUUGGGCAAGCUUGAAGCUGACUUCAACUUUGUUCUGCAUGAUGCUGAAUUUCAGGACGAGAAAAGAAACAUUAUUUUCUACUAUUUCCCUGCCCUGUUUUCCUUUGACCAUCUUUUUCGGCGGAGCUGGCUAUUACCUGAAGAGAGAGAUCUCAACCACUGCGGCGCACACAAGAUGAACAAUGCCAUCGCACAGGCGAUGAUCGCCAAGCGCAUGGGCCGGCAAAGGGUGGUGGCAGCGACAGGAGCUGGCCAGCAUGGCGUAGCAACCGCCGCCGUGUGCGCUAAGCUGUCCCUGGAUUGCAUCAUCUUCUUGGGUUCCGAGGAUAUGGAGAAGCAAGCUUCUAAUGUGUUUUUGAUCAAGCUACUAGGUGCUCAGAUGACCAGAGUGGAGGGGAGCUUCAAUGAUGCAAGCUCAGAGGCCAUAAGGCAAUGGAUGAACGACCUGGAGGGGAGCUACUACCUGACAGGGACGGUGGUGGGUCCACGCCCAUGUCCGUGCAUGGUGAGGGAGUUCCAAUCCAUCAUCGGGAGGGAGACGAGGAGGCUGGCGAUGAAGCGGUGGGGAGGGUGGCCAGACGCGGUGGUGGCAUGCAUCGGGAGUGGCUCCAAUGCGCUGGGGAUCUUCCAUGAGUUCGUUGGUGAUGAGGGGGUGAGGCUGGUUGGUGUGGAGGCGGCUGGGUCUGGCCUUGACUCAGGGAGGCAUGCGGCCACUCUGGCCACAGGCCAUGUUGGGGUCUACCAUGGAGCCAUGAGCUACUUGUUGCAGGACCAGGAAGGCCAAGUUCUUGGUGCUCACUCCGUUGGCGUCGGGCUACACUAUCCAGGAGUGGGCCCGGAGCUGAGCUUCCUCGAAGACACGACGAGCAGAAUUCCAUACCGUCACCGACGAAGAAGCUCUGAACGCAUACCAAUUGCUAUCUAGAUAGGAAGGCGUAAUCCCAGCAAUGGAAGCCGCUCAUGCGUUGGCAAAUGUGAAGAAAACUUUGCCCGACCCUCCCCGAUUCCACAAAGGUUGUGGUGAAUUGCAGCGGAUGAGGAGAUAGAGACGCGCCUCUGUUCUUUCAACACCGACCCACCCUCAACGCAUAAAACUAGCAAGAUGUUUAGGGUGUAAAAAUUGCAAGAUUGAUGUUUUCCUCGUCAAUGUCAUAGCCUAGAGGAUUUGCAGAGCACCUCAGAUCCCGUGUGAACGCUGCCGCUUGAUCUAAGUUCUCCAAGGUGUUAAGCGAAAUCAACACCGAUAAUUUACAAUGACAUUGAAGGAACAAUCAUAUGCUUCGUGCAAAUAUAUGAUCUUCAAAACAAAUCCGGAAAACAUUAUUGGUCAUUACCUAUAUCAAGUUAAGAAUCACCAUACGAGCGACAAAAUAUGGAAUCAUUAAAAGUUGAAUACUAAGCCACCCCUGGAUAUU